CUGGCUGAGUGCAAACGUUACGAGUCCCUGUGGGUCAAUGCCAUCGACCUGUGCAAAAUGGCAGCCGAGGCAGCGUGCAACACAGGAGCCGAACAGGCAAACAUCUCCAUUAAGACCAGCAUUCAGCUGGCCCAGGCGCAGGUGAAGGAGGCAAAGAAGAUGUCAGCAGCGGCCGAAAAGAAGCUGGCCGAGACGAAAGUGGACGAGAUCCAGAGGAUGGCAGAAUAUGCUGCUUUCCUAGAGGACAGUGAUGAGCAUGAGGUGCAUGAGGCGUAUUUACGAGAGGACUAG